UGUGGUCAGGUGACUGGCGCUGAGCAGCUGUGCAGACUCGGUGUAGCUCUCCAUCAAACAACGGGAGGCACCGGCGCAGGACGCACUACCACACCGACCAGGAGAGCUCAAACCCGGGCAAAGAAACGAGGAUUUUGGGAGCCUACUGAACCAAAAAAAACCAAACAAAACAAACGCGAUGAGGGACCGCGUGGCUAUAGCGCUUCUGGCCACGGUGGCUUUGGCUUUCGCUGCCGAGGUCCCCACAGACGUGUCCAUGGGGCUGCUGGCGGAGCCUCAGGUCGCCAUGUUCUGUGGAAAACUCAACAUGCACAUCAACGUCCAGACGGGGAAAUGGGAGAGUGACCCGUCAGGAAGCAAGAGCUGCAUCGGGACCAAAGAGGGCAUCCUGCACUACUGCCAAGAGGUUUACCCGGAGCUGCAGAUCACAAACGUGGUGGAGGCCAACCAGCCCGUGUCCAUCCAGAACUGGUGCAAGAAAGGCCGCAAGCAGUGUCGGUCGCACCUGCACAUCGUCGUCCCCUACCGCUGCUUAGUGGGGGAGUUUGUGAGUGACGCGCUGCUGGUUCCAGAUAAAUGCAGGUUCCUCCAUCAGGAAAGAAUGGACCAGUGUGAGAGCCACCUGCACUGGCACACCGUCGCCAAAGAGUCUUGCGGGGACAGAACCAUGAACCUCCACGACUACGGGAUGCUGCUCCCCUGUGGCAUCGACCGCUUCAGGGGCGUGGAGUUCGUCUGCUGCCCGGCCAAAGCAGAAGAAGAAGAUCAGAGCUUUGAACAAGAGGCUGACGAUGGAGUCGUGUGGUGGGGAGGAGCAGAGACCGACUACUCCGACAACAGCAUGGUGCGUGAGCCUGAACCGGAGCCGGUGGAGACUCAGCAGCCGAAGGAGGAGCCCAAACCUUCAGUGAUCGAUGAAGACGACGACGAACAGGAAGUGGUGACGGAGGAAGACAACAUGGCCGCCGCCGAGGAGGAAACCGACGAGGACGUGGAGUUUGACCAGGACCAAGACGGAGACGGAGAGAACGACCAGGAAGUGGAGGACGAAGAGGACGACGAGGACGACGACGAGGCCGAUGAAGAUUUUAUUGAGACGAUGGACGACGACGAGAAAACUACAAACGUCGCCAUGACAACGACAACCACGACCACAACAGAGUCUGUGGAGGAGGUGGUGAAAGACGUGUGCUGGUCGGGCGCGGAGACCGGCCCCUGUCGCGCCAUGCUCCCGCGCUGGUACUUCGACAGAUCCGAGGGAAAGUGCGUUCAGUUCAUCUACGGAGGCUGCGGAGGGAACAGGAAUAACUUUGAGUCCGAGGAGUACUGCCUGUCCGUGUGCGGCAGCGUCAUUCCCACGGCGUCGCCCAGCUCUCCCGACGCGGUGGAUCAUUACUUGGAAACUCCCGCCGACGAGAACGAGCACGCCCACUUCCAGAAGGCCAAAGAGAGUCUGGAGGCCAAACACCGCGAGAGGAUGUCCCAGGUGAUGAGGGAGUGGGAGGAGGCCGAGAGAGACGCCAAGAACCUGCCACGCGCCGAUAAGAAAGCUGUGAUCCAGCGUUUCCAGGAGAAGGUGGAGGCUCUGGAGCAGGAGGCGGCGAGCGAGAGGCAGCAGCUGGUGGAGACUCACAUGGCUCGAGUCGAGGCUCUGCUCAACGACAGGAGGAGACUCGCCCUGGAGAGUUACCUGACGGCCCUUCAACAAGACCCGCCCAGGGUACUAGACCAGGACUAG